GAAAAGUCAUUGGCCGAUAGAAACUAGCUACCACUAUAAAUUGGACUGCAUUUAUAGCCACCCGUUCUUCAGAGAACCGCUUGUGAUCUCAGAGAGAAUAAGCAAGGAAAGUUUGAAGAAAACGGCAGUAGCAAUAUGAAAGGUGAAUUAUCAGAGGAAACUUUGGUGCAGGCACCUGCAAGUGCAGUAUGGAGUGCAUACCGCGGACUUGAGCUUGGAAGGCUGAUCGAUAAAUUACUAGGCCAUGUUGCAGGCAAGGUAGAGGUAAUAGAAGGAGAUGGAGGUGUUGGUACCAUUGUUAAACUUACUUUUCCAGGAGCUUCUGGUGGCUACAUGAAGGAAAUAUUCAGGAUUAUGGACGAUGAAAGGCGAGUGAAAGAAACGGAAAUGAUAGAGGGAGGAUACAUAGAUCUUGGCUUUGAUGUCUAUCGCGUUCGCUUGGAGAUCAUUGAGAAAGAUGCUGAAUCAACCAUUAUCAGAUCCACUGUGAAGUAUGAGUUCGAUGACACAAAAACUGAGCUAGCUUCUCUUGUCACCAUCAAGCCACUGCAAACCAUGGCUGAAGAAAUUGGGAAGUAUGUCAGUGAGAAGAGAUAUGAUGCGUAGAAUCUCUGAUUUAUUUCAAGACAUGUUGACUUUGUUUCUUGUACCAAUAAAUUAGACAUGUUAUUGUGCACACGAAUGAACAUGUCAAAGGAUGUUGCUUUGUUUUCACAGAUU